AUGUUCUAUAUGUACCCAACUUACUGGCAGAACUCCCAGAUCUGCCACAACCAGAACCAUGAUUACAUUCUGAACCUUCGAGCUCCGUUCCGCUCAUCAGACUCCCCGUGUGCAAGGGCUCGGCAGUUCGCAGAGACGAGGAAGAAGAGCCAGCCGUCCAUAAAUACCGGCACUUCCAACUCGUACAGCUUCAGAGAUACUGUCAACAUCAUGAAGUUCUGGACACCUCUCCUCAUGAUAUUCCUCUGUAUGGUACUACUGUCUGUGCUGGGAGGAGUGAAGGAAAGACAUAGCAGCAGGGGGGAUUUGUUCCUUCAGGAGUGCUGGGGAGAUCCAACCAUCCGAGAAUGUAAGAACAGGUGUUCUAAAAACUUUAGAUGUGUAAAAAUAAAUCACACAUGCUGCUGGACCUACUGUGGAAACAUCUGCUGGGAAAAUACACUAAUCACUGAAGAAGCUAAAACCCUAGCCUCCCACUGA